AAGCUAUACUAUAAUGCCAGCCGAAUCAGAACCAAACCCUUUGAUUGUCUUUGUUACAGUCUUCACUAUCAUCUCCUCGAUUGUUGCGUACUACUUCUUCCAACUUUCCAAAAAGGAUCAACCAGUCUUGAACCCAACUGAAUUCAGAAAGUUCCCUCUUAUUGGCAAGACUAGAGUCAGUCACAACACCAGUGUUUACAAGUUUGGUUUACCAAAAACCACUGACAAAUUAAACCUUCCUAUUGGUCAACAUAUUUCUAUCGGUGCCACUAUUAACGGUAAGGAAGUUGUCAGAUCAUAUACUCCAAUUUCCACUAAUGAUCAAUUAGGUAGCUUCGAUUUAUUGAUCAAGACUUAUGAAAAUGGUAAUAUUUCCAAGCACGUUGCUGAAAAGAAGAUUGGUGAACACGUUGAAAUCAGAGGUCCAAAGGGAUUCUUCACUUAUACUCCAAACAUGGUUAAGAGUUUAGGUAUGAUUGCCGGUGGUACUGGUAUUGCACCAAUGUAUCAAAUCAUCACUGCUGUCUUAAACAACCCAAGUGACAAGACCAAGAUUCAAUUAGUUUAUGCUAAUGUUACUGAAGCUGAUAUUUUAUUGAGAGAAGAAUUGGAACAAUUUGUCAAGAAGCACCCAGAACAAUUCUCUAUUCACUAUGUCUUGAAUGAAGCUCCUGCUAACUGGAACGGUUCCGUUGGUUUUGUUACUCCAGAAAUCAUUGAUACUUACUUGCCAAAGGCUUCUGAUGAAACUAACUUGUUGUUGUGUGGUCCUCCACCAAUGAUCAGUGCUAUGAAGAAGGCUGCUGUUGGAUUAGGUUAUGCUAAGGCCAAGCCAGUUUCCAAGUUGGGUGACCAAGUCUUUGUCUUUUAAAUGUGCAUUUCCGAGUAGUUAAUUUUAAUUAGCGUGUGUAUUGUUAAAAAUACGCCGUGGUAGAACAAUUUUUUUUUAUCGGAUCCGAUUUUAAAUGCUGCAAAUUUUUAUUGUUAUGAUGAUCACUCUUAUGCACCCAGGACUUUCAUUCUAAGGAUAUAAACAUAUGAAUGGUAUGAUUGGUGCAAUCCCCUUAUAUAGAUAACUAUUAAUAUCAAGUCAAGAAAUUAUGCCAAUUCAAUAUUUUGUAGUUAUUUCAGCAAAAUAUUAAGGAAAUUAAUAAGUAUACAGCAGACAAUAUUUGCUGCGAU